UUGGGUUUCCUUAGUUUAACAAAAUUUGUAAAUUAAAGUGUUUCAAGAAAGAAGUAAUAGAAAUGAUGAAACAACAACAGAAAAGUUGUUACGUAAUAAACUUAGAAAUGGCAACAUACCCAGGCAUGAGUUUAGGUGGUGAAGUCAGAGAAAGUAUUUCUUUAGAUGAAGAUGAUUUAAGUGACGUUGAAGAUGAAGUGUUUAUAAGGGAUGGUAAAAAUAGUUACAAACUGGCUGAGGAACUGAAUGUGAAGAGACCUUUAAUGGCCCCACGGAGGAAACUCGGCAAACAAGAUCUUACAUCACGAUUAAAAGCUAAACCUCCAUGUAAAGCUUUUUGUAAACCAUGUUGCUACAUAUUUGCCGCUUUAAGUAUUUUAAUCGGUAUAAUAGCAUUAGUAGUUAUUUUGGUAUCAAUAUUUCCACUACCGUUAGAUAGAUUAAGGGAUUGGAUAAUAUCAAAAUCAAAACCAGUUAUCAGUCCAAUUAAGCUACUACCGUGUAGUAACUUAAAAGUUACAGAUGUGUGGGCUACCAAUCUGCCCAUACUUACUACAGAUUCACCCGUCAGAAUAUUAGAUUUGGAUAAUGACGGAGUUGAGGAUAUUAUUUUUGGCUUUGGCACUGGUGAUAACUACAAUGUAUUGCCUCCAGAAAUGUUCUGUCCAAUAUUCUUAGGAGUUCCUCCCCCCUGUGAAGGGGGAGUGAUAGCUUUAAAUGGAACGACUGGUGAUAUUGUGUGGAGAUAUUGGGUUAAUGAUACCAUUUUUGGCCUUCAGUGUUCAGCAGAUUUGAACAGUGAUGGAUUGGAUGAUUGUUUGGCUGUAGGUACAAAAGGAACUUUCAUAGCGCUGAAUGCAAAAAAUGGUUCCUUGGUGUGGCGACAAAAUAACAACAAAAUGGAUGUAUUUGUUGCUAAUUUUGUGCCAGAUCAAAAUAAUGAUAGUGUUGCAGACAUUUUGUCAUCCCAUACUUCACUGAAUUCUAGGGGUAAAGGUGGCCAUUUAGUGUUAACUUGUGGAAAAACUGGCAAAGAAAUAAAAAGAAUAACAAUACCAUAUCAAGUGGAAACGUUUUUCAUGCCACAAUUACUGAAAAUAAAUGAUACUUAUCAUGUGAUGUUUGGAACUGGGAGUCCCGUAACACCCGGGAACUUAAGCAUAACCGCUCUUGACAGUUUAAUGAAUGGAAAUAUGUCAAUUCGUACACUUUACGCAGAUAAUUUUAAAGGCGUUAUAACACAAUCUGUGCUGGUGGAUAUAACAGGAGACAAUGUAUCUGAUAUAGUUACAGCUAUGUUUAAUUCCACUGUGGUCGCUCUAAAUGGACUAACAUUAAAACAGAUUUGGAACUACACAAUUCCAAAUUCCGAGAGCAAUGUUACACCAACUCCUGGUUAUUUUAACGACGAUAAUGUUACAGACUUUUUAGUAAUUUACGAGAAAUAUGACAACAUCCUGAAUUACAAUUAUACGGAAACUUUUAUCCUUGAUGGAAAAACGGGAAAACCAAUUUAUUCAAAAUCAAUAAGUGGAAGCGUUGCAACACAAAUGAACGGGCUAUCUUUGGGAAUGGAAUCACAUGGUUUUGACAUGUUUCUUUUCUGGACUACAGAAUGUACUAACAUAGAUUUUUACAACAAAAAUAAAGUUGAAAUGGAAGUUUUAGAAGUCAACAUAGACAAUAUUGUUGAUAUGUGUCGCAAACAAUUCAAUACUUCAAGCAUUAUGAUGUUUAAUGCUCUCAAUCAGUAUGAUCAGCCACCGGGUUUUGAAAUAUAUAAGUCAGUUAAUAAAACGUAUUUAGAAUUCAAUAACACUAAAUCACCCUUGAGACAAAUUAAACAUUACUUUAUGCAACAUCACAAAAUACAAAUAAUGCGAAACGAGGGUCAGUCUGAAGUAGAUGAAAAUUAUUUAGACGAUUCGCAAAAAAUAAACGUGCACAAAUAUGGAAGCUCUAGUUUCAGGCAUAAAGACAACAGACAGGGAAUUGCCAUGAGUAAUGUAAAUAGCAACGUUGAAACAAACGAUAACCCGAAUGAGAAAUUUGAAAAUGACGACAGUUUGCCAUUACCACCUCAAAUGAAUGUUAUGAACGAACGUCCAGAUGAAGGUACCGACUAUGUUGACGAUGCAGAAAAUCCAAAUAUUCUGAAUCAAGAGCCAAUAUUAUACGAUAAUCCGUCUUUUAAAAGUAACAGAGAUCCCAGAAGUAAAGAGGAAACAAAAACUUCACCUGACUCAAGUGAACAAAGCUCGAGUAAAUCAAAGAAGAAAAAUCUUUCAAAUUCCAAGUACGGCAUUUAUGAUUACGAAAAUAUAAAAAAGUCUCGAAAUCGUCUUCUCAAUGAUUUAAACAACUUACCAUGGGACAUUUUACGCGACACUUAUUAUAAAAACAGGGAAAGUCAAUUAAGAAAAACUAAAUUUGAACAACGGGAUUUAAGCUCCCACGUAGAUAAAAUCAAAGAAAAUGAAGAAUUGAAAAAUAUUAUUGACGAAGAAAGGAAAUCUGCCGAAAAUACGUCGUACACUUUAUGGGACUUGGAAUCGGAAAAAGAAAUACAAGAUAAAGAAAACGGUUACUGGAGGGGAAAAAGAGAAAUUAAUUAUACGUUUGCUGGUAUACGAAAAAUUACAUCUGUUGGUGCUAUCUUAAACUCAACAAAUACAACAAAUAACGCCGUUGAUGUUGUUUUUAUAACAUACUGGCAACCUUCGAGAUUUAAUGAUCAAGAAAUGAUAGAAGAAGAAAUUAACGAUUGCCUUAAGGAAAAACUUGCAAGUGAUCAAGCUCAUUUAUAUGUAAAAAACACAGCAAAAGAACAAAAAGACUUAUAUAUAACUGAAUGUAGGAAUGAAUUAGCUAAUUUGAAAGAUCAUUUUGAAUAUUUUAAUCAAAUUUAUCAACUUAGUUUAGGUCAAAUGACUGUGUAUAGAAUGAGGAUCGAAUGCGUAUGUGAUGUUCAAAAAGCUGACGAACGAUGUGCCAAAUUUUUACCUCAAAAUGAGCAAGGUUGGCCCACGUAUUUAGGAAAACUGGGCGAUGGAGUUUUUCCCACCAGAGAUUAGUUCUAGUUGGUGCUUAGUUAAGUUUGAUUUUUAGGAAAUUAAGAAGUUUAUGUUUAAAAUGUAUAAAUAUCACCAUGCAUGGUUUUAUAAAACUGUAAUUAUUGGUAAGUUACAAUACCUUAAGAUUUGUAAGACAAUCUCCAGUUUUAGUUUUGUAAGUAAAUAUCAUUAAAAUAUUUACAAAUAAAUUUAUUUUCAUUUAA